AUGGAGUCUCAUGACUCGUUGUUCUCUCAAGUACCUGAUUCCCAGCUCUUGGCCACGCACAAAAAGUUGACAUGCCGAUGGACCGAUGCCGACGAUGCCACUCUAGUCAACUGCUUGAAAGAAGAGAUGGCACGUCAUGGUAGUACAGCCAAUGGCUUUAAGCCUGCGACCUGGAACCAAGUGGCUCAAGCACUCCAAGGUUAUGAGCUAGUUAACGGCUUGAAGGCAAAGGACAAGGAAACCUGCAAAAGUCGCUGGCAGGCGCUUCCAAACGGUCGCCAGAAUGUUGGGUGCUGGUUGGGAUGA